AUGCCAAUUUCAACAGAGAGAAAACGACGGGCGAAUGCUGGCUCACGAAUGGCUCGUUUAUUGAAUGAAGAGGAAGAAGAUGAAUUUUAUUCCAACGUAUAUGGUGGAUUUAAGGAGGAAGAUGAAGAUGAAGAUUAUAUGUCGGAGAGUUCUGUUGAAGAUGUUAUUGAUUCUGAUUUCCUCGAUCCCAGUGAAAGUGAAGAAGAUAGCGCAGCCGCAGCAGCAGCAGAGGUGGAAGAAGAGGAAGGUGGGCGUAAAAAGCGUAAAGGUAAUCGAGUUGUAACCAGAGGCUACAAGGAGCCUAAACGUGCCAAAACUACAAAAAGUCAGGCGAAAAACUCAGCUAAGAAAAAGACUGGUGAAAAGGUUUCGACAGAGCCUCAGGAUAAACCUACUCCACCAGUUAAAGAUAAACCAAAGCCAACAGUAACAAAGAAAAGUUCACAGACUCAUGUUUUUGUGAAGCCUACAUUACGUUCACGUACUAAAGAAGCAACUGCUAAGCAAGAAACACAAGCGACACGUAGACCAGUAAUACGUAAAGGGAUUACACCUAUUCGUCGGAAAGCCUUUUUAGCAGAAAUCGCAAGACGCAAAAAUCUUCCUGAAGUUCGACGUUUAACACAGGAAGAAUUACUAGCUGAAGCUAAGAUUACAGAAGAAAUUAAUCGUCGUUCUUUAGAGCGAUUUCAGCGUCUGGAGAUCGAAAGAAAGAAGGCACGUGUUCUAAAGACAGUUCAUUGCACACCGAUGAUUCGUUAUCAUUCAGUUAGUGUUCCAUCAAUUGAAGAUCAAUACAAUAUAUAUGCUGUAGCACUCGAUGCUGAUGGAACACCUGUACGAGCUGCUCCGAUAAUCACGCAUCCUGAAGCCAGAGUUUAUAGGAAUUUUAUAACAUUUGCAAAUGAUGAGUGUUUCCGUCGAUCAAUGCCUGCGACAACUACUCCACUACCGGAACCAGGUUAUUCUGCUCCCUGUCCUGUACGUCCAAAACGUUAUCCACGAAUUUGUCCAAUCACUGGUCUACCGGCUCGUUAUGUAGAUCCGUUAACUUUAACACCUUAUGCUAAUCUAGAUGCAUUUCGUAUAAUCAGACAUUUAUACGAUAUACAUCUGGAGACAGAUAUACCUCCUAUGGAAUUAUUACGAGAGUAUCUAUCAAGUUGUUAGUGUUUUCUUUGUAAUUACAGACAAAUGAACUCAUACAUGUUAUGAUUUUAUGCUUAUUUACUUGAUAAAAAAUCAAACCAAUAUACCUUGCGUAGUUGUUGGAGUAUUAAAUUCUUGAUUAAAGCGUUUCUAUUGUGUUGUUUUUGCAGGCAACACUCUUUGUAGAAGUUGAUUUACGUUGAGAGUGAACGUUUGUCAUCAAUAUUGAUGUUUUUGGAGGAGACUACUUGAACAGAUAGAAUAAGUUUGUUGUUGCGUUGAUUAAGGUGGAGAUAGGUGCAUAUGAGCUGAAAAGUAUUUCAUCUAUCAGGGAGACGGGUUAUAACCGAUAAUUUAUUAUGUGAUGGCUGAUAAAACAAAAUGCCCAGUGUGUAGCGGGAUUCUAACCAGGAAUCUACUGGUUCAGAUUUUAGUGGUAAACUCAAUGGGCCGUAGCUGCGGACACUAACUUACUUUUAUAAAUCUAAUGUGUAAUGUGGAUAGACAUAUAAGGUCAUGUAAGAAACUAGCGAAUAAAAUAUUGUCAGACCCCGAGCAUCUUCUCUAUACGCAGCUGUCUCCUUGCAUUUCAUCUGGUAGAACUAGAAGCAGCUAUAGGAGGUUAUAUGCUAAGACUACCAAGUACAAAAACUCCACAAUACCAUAUCUGGCACAGCUGUUAUGUGAUGAGAAUUCCGUUAGGUAUGACAUGAUCAACUUACUGCGGCACUCUAACAAAUAGUUCCCAUUAGUUUUUGUUUUUCUUUCCUCGUUACUAUUACACUGUUGUUCUCAUUUUCUA